AUGCAGGCUAAUAGAGCGCCAAGGCAGUUCGUUCUGUGCUUUGACGGCACGGGAAACAAAUUCUCCGGCAAUGAAUCUGACAGCAAUGUGCUCAAGAUCUUCAGAAUGCUUGAUCGCAGUGGCGGGGAUCAGUUCCACUAUUAUCAGCCCGGAAUUGGGACAUAUGUGACUUCGACCUCGCUGUCAAAUACCGGUCGUAUCCACAAAAUCCGGUCUGCCUAUCUCAAAGCCAAAGACGCCGCCAUAGGCUCCACCUUGGCGGAACAUGUCAUGGGAGGCUACAAGUUCCUCAUGAGAUACUACAGGCCGGGCGACGAUAUCUAUUUUUUCGGGUUUAGUCGUGGGGCAUAUGUCGCACGCUUUCUAGCGGAAAUGUUGGAUGAGAUCGGCCUUCUCGAGCCAGGUAACGAAGAACUCCUCCGGUUCGCUUGGAAGACAUUUGCCAAAUGGCAACAACGCCGACACAACGCAGAAGAAAAGGACAAUUUAUCCAGAUACAUGGAGGCGUUUCGAGAAACCUUUAGCCAGCCUGUGUCCCAGAUUCGCUUCUUGGGACUUUUUGAUACGGUCAACAGCGUGCCCCGCUUUGAGAAUGCAUGGAUGCAGCGCAGCAAGUUCCCCUAUACUGCUCGCACCAAAGCCAAGGUGAUUCGACAUGCUGUCAGUAUUGACGAGCGCCGGGCGAAGUUCCGGCAGGACCUGAUCGGAGAAGUAAGACCGCCCUGUCCGACGGGCCCGACCUCUCGACGACAACAGGUGCGAGAUCACCUUGCACGCCAUCACUUAUAUCUCCCACACGGCCCAGUCCACCACCACCGUCACCAUGAUAAAGGGCAGCAAAAGGGAACCAUGGGGGCUCAUGGUGCUCAGAAUGCCGAAAAGGCUGCAAAUGGUGGAAGGAAACAUACAGUGUAUCGGCCGCCGGCACGUCGUCUUCGAGAUGAUCACUCAGCGCAGUCUGUAGCGAGCGCUGCAGCUAGCUGUUCGUCACUGUCGCUUGAAGCCGAAGAGGAUGAAGAGCAGGAUAUUGAAGAGGUGUGGUUCCCCGGAUGCCACGCGGACAUCGGAGGAGGGUGGAAAUUGGAGGAUGGCGAGACGUAUGCUUUAAGUCACGCCCCACUCGUUUGGAUGGUAGAAAAGGCCCACGAGGCGGGUGUGAAGUUUAGCGUCAAGAAGAGGAAGGACUUUAACUGCUGGCAUGAUCCAGGGUGUAAGGCCCAGGGCCGAGAGCAGGACAGGGUUUCCCCAGAGAAUCACAUGAGCAACCCAGCCCCGAUUGUGAUUGCACCGGACGACACAGAUGAAAAGCCGGAUCUUUCUCACUUCGAACAUGUUCUGCGCAGAUCAAGUACGGACGGAAAGCUUCAUGAUUGCCUUCAAUUUCGUAAAGGGCUCCCAUGGACCUCGGUCCUAUCCUGGAAAGUGAUGGAGUAUAUGCCUUUCCGUCGCAUGGACUUACAAGACGAUGGUUCCUGGAAGCCCAUUCGCUGGCCCCUUCCUCGCGGUGAAGUGCGUGACAUCCCUAAUGAUGCAAAGAUCCACGUGUCAGCAAUCAAUCGUCUAAAGUUCAACCCAGAAUAUCGACCAGGGAAUUUAAUUAUUGGUGGCGGCGGCAGAGGUGUGAAGAUCGCGCCCAAGGAGUGUGGGAUUGAGGAUUGGGAGGUGGCCGCACACCACGGCUGUCCUAUACAGGAGACAUAUCUUCGCAAGCAAAUAUCCCACAUUGCUGCUGCUUGA